GUGCACUAUAUGUCCACUACUGAGCCAUUUGGGAUUCGGCCACUGGUUUCCAUCCUCCAGACCACUGUUGUCAGUGCUGGAUGUUAUUACACGAUAUAAUAGGAAAUUAUUUUGUCGUAGACAUAUAGAUAUGUUUUGCUAAUCUAGAAAAUGUCAACAGCUGCCUCAUUUAAACCGGAAGCAGUUGGUGGAGGUCGUUAUGGGAAGUAAAGUUAGCAGUGGCAAGAUGGCCGCCGCCAGUCGGGUCGUGCAGGUUGUGCGACCUCAUGCACCACUUAUCAAAUUUCCAAAUCGCCAGGGCAUACCCAAGCCAAACGUACAAGAAGCACUGAAGUUGCUCAUAGCCACCACCCCACACACACCUAUGCCUACACCUGCAGCAGCGCAGUCAGCUACACCACCUCCAAGACCCGCAGGACUCAUCAGUCGACUCCCUGGCACACCAGACAGCAUUGCUAUCGUUAAAGAGCUUCCACAGAAAUAUCGGCGACAGGCCCUGGCACUCGAGGAGAUGGACUACAUUCAGCGUGGCGGGCCUGAGUGAUGGCUCAUCAUUAAAACCUGCCAGCGCCGAUAGCUGUGGAGAAGGUUCUUAUUGUUGGCUCGUACCUUACAGGAAUAAAGAGUCGUUGUUCAAAUGUACAUAGGGGUGAUUUUGAAAUAUAAUUAUUCAGUACAGGCCGGGUCAUUUUUCUCAUUAAUUCAACUGCAAUGUUUGCAGCAUGGACGUUUUGACAGGAAGUUAGUACUUUCUAGGUGCACUGUAUUAAGCCAACAUUACAGUUUAUUAUUAUUAUUAUAGUUAGAUCAUUUCAGUAUAUCACAUCUAAGCCAGGCUGCUUAGUUCACACUGCAGGCGUUCACUUUUUUCCCCUCACUUACACAUCAUGUCGGUGUUAGUUUGGCACAAGAACAUAUAACAAUUAUCAGCCUGCACUGUGUGGACUGUGUGUAAAUCUGGGUUAUUAAAUGUAUAUUAAUUUAAA